UUAUCUUUUUAUUGCGUCCAAUUCGUUUCAUUUUACUUCAUUUUAUUGCUCAACUCUCUCUAAAUCCAAGUUUCUUUUAUUUACUUUAAAACCACAUCCACCUCGUUUUCGUUUCAAAAAACAUGCCGCUCAUUCAACCGUUGGUCACAAAAUCAUCGUCUUCGCUGGCGGAAGCGCGCCUCCGGGCAAUCCACCUGUACCGGCUGUGGCAGAAGAAUGUGCCGCAAAUCAUGAUAGACUACCAUUUGUCCCUGCCGCAAUCGGUUGUGCGCUCAAAGAUUCGCGAGCAUUUCGAGAAGAACCGCUUUGUGUCAGACCCACGCACCAUCGAUGUGCUUUUGUUCAAGGGGAGGAUUGAGUUCGAGGAGACAUACAACGUGUGGAAGCAGUACAGCCAUGUACUGCGUUACUUUGACUCUAACGAGCAGGUGCCUCAGCCGACAAAGUUCCUGGAUAAGUUUAUCGAUGGCCGUGUGUAGAGAGGGUGUCUUUUUGAUUUUUGAUUCUUUUGCAAAUAGAAUAAUUGGAAAAA